AUGCUGCGCUCGACAUCUACGGUCACCCUGCUCUCGGGCAGCGGUAACAGGACUCCCGGGGCACCCAGCAGGAGGGCAAAUGUCUGCAGACUGCGGCUGACUGUACCUCCCGAGAGUCCAGUUUCAGAGGAAAGGGAAAAGAAGCUUGAAAGAAAAGAGCAACAUCCUGGCCCAAGCAAUGGGGAGCCGACCAGGAAACUUCCCCAGGGUGUUGUCUAUGGCGUGGUGCGAAGGUCAGAUCAAAACCAGCAGAAGGAAAUGGUGGUAUAUGGAUGGUCCACCAAUCAGCUGAGAGAAGAGAUGAACUACAUCAAAGAUGUGAGAGCCACUCUGGAAAAAGUAAGAAAGCGAAUGUACGGAGACUACGACGAAAUGAGGCAGAAAAUCCGACAGAUCACCCAGGAACUGUCGGUUUCACAGGCACAGAAGGACUAUCUGGAGAGUCACAUCCAAACACAGUCAUCGGCCCUGGACAGCUUUAAUGCCAUGAACGCGGCUUUGGCGUCAGACUCCAUUGACCUGCAGAAAACGCUCGUGGAUGUUACUUUGGAAAAUAGCAGCAUUAAGGAUCAAAUCAGAAAUUUGCAGCAGACGUACGAAGCGUCCAUGGACAAGCUGCGGGAAAAGCAGAGGCAGUUGGAGGCGGCACAAAUGGAGAACCAGCUGCUGAAAAUGAAGGUGGAGUCCUCCCACGAAGCCAACGCUGAGGUGAUGAGGGAGAUGACCAGGAAGCUGUACAGCCAGUACGAGGAGAAGCUGUAUGAGGAGCAGCGGAAGCACAAUGCCGAGAAAGAGGCGCUCCUGGAAGAAACCAAUAGUUUUCUGAAAGCAAUUGAAGAAGCCAAUAAAAAGAUGCAGGCGGCAGAGAUCAGCCUAGAAGAGAAAGACCAGAGGAUCGGGGAGCUGGACAGGCUGAUUGAACGCAUGGAAAAGGAACGGCAUCAGCUGCAACUACAGCUCCUGGAGCAUGAAACUGAAAUGUCAGGGGAAAUAACUGAUUCUGACAAUGAAAGGUAUCAGCAGCUGGAGGAGGCGUCUGCCAGCCUCCGGGAACGGAUUAGACACCUAGAUGACAUGGUGCACUGCCAGCAGAAAAAGGUCAAGCAGAUGGUUGAGGAGAUCAUGUCACACGAGCUCUUCUCCAGAUUUAGUCUUCGGUUCUUUGGAAGAUGACAAAAUGGUAGCCUGCCCUGGGUUGGAAGCGAUUCCUUUUAUUGUCGUGAUUAGAAGAACACUUGUACUCUCUCUGCUGGGAAGAGGUGGCAUGUGUCUGAUGAGCUGAUGAACAAAGCAGGAAGGACAUGCUAUUAGAAGGAAAAACUUGACCAUGUAGGGCUCUUAAUUGUGAAAGGACCAUUUUUGUAUAUCCUCAACUUGUACAGCCUCACACUUCCAGAGUCACAAGAACUCCAAGAUCCACAGAGUAUUUUUAGAAACUUGGGUUCCUAGACAUCAGAGAAGGAGCUGCAAUGAAAAACAGCACUAAAAUAUAAUUCAGAAAGUGCCAGGUGGAGGCUGGUCCUAAGAUCGUGGAUGGUGGAGCCUCACGUGUGGAAAUGCUGCCAAGUGCACCCGCUAAGGAGAUGGGAACUGGGCUGGAAGACCUCCAGUGCUCCGGGAAGGAGGUGCUCCCCACCAGAUCACACCCCAGAAAUUGCAGAAGCGGCCGAGUGUCCAUGUAGUUUGAUUAUGUUUGUAUCUGAGAGGUGGCCCCGUGGAUGUCUCACUGAAUGGAGAUCAACAGCACUAGCCAACUUAGCACUCUUCCCUAUUGUUUAAGAAGUUUGUUUGGCUUCUGUCACCACAAGCAUUUUGCCUGACCAGACAGUUCAACUGACUUCAUGAAAAGGAGAAUUAUAUCUGAUGAAGAGAGAAAUAUAUUCACCAAAAUAUAUUGAAGUGAAAUAUGUAUACUUGAUACCUGCUUUAUUUUUCUGUGGGUCUUCUUGAGACAGCCACUGGGGCUGGUAUCUCCUCAAAAUUUAGUGUUGCUGAAAUCUAGUUAGUAGUAGCAGUAGCAGCAGGGGUGGUAAUAGCCACUGGGUGGCAUUAGCCCAUGGAGGCUAGUUGACUGGUCUAAUCAAGUGAGUUCAUUAAGGGGACAAGAAUCAAUUAGACAUUGGGUCCUUCUCCACUCUCACCACUUCUUCCUGGCAAGUGGACAGGCAGAUGCUUUCUUGUCAAUAGUUGUCUUUGAUCUUUUGUUGAGUUGCUUCUGUUCAGCUUAAGUAGAUAGGCAGAGAAUGGGAAAGGAAGCAGACGAAUAAUUUUCUGUAUUAGUAAGGAACUGUCAAUGCAGUUAACCUGUGUUGGUAUUCUGUUCAAGUGAAGGUCCCCAGAUGCUCUGCUGGGUAUCAGACUUCUGCCAGGGAGAUCUGAGUUAGAUCUGAGCAUUGCUAAUCUACAUGUCUCUAGUGUCGUGACCUACACCGUUUAUAGGAAUAUGUAUGUUCACUUCCCUCGUAUUUUUCUAAGUCUGUGGUGGAAAAGUUCCUGGCAUUGUUCUAGUGGAAUAGAUUUGUUACCCAGCUU